GGAGAGAAUAAAGGAGACGGGGAGACAGAGGGUGGGGAAAGGAGAGACUGACGGGAGAGACAGGAAACUGGAGAGAGAGGAAACUGCCCUAAGGAGAAAGAAGAGGAGGAAAGAGGCGAAAGAGGAGGAGGAGAGAGUUGGAAGGAGAAAGAAGAAGGAGAGGAGAGAGAGGCAGAAGGAGAGGAAGGAAAGGAGAGUUAGAGGUACAUGAAGGAAGCGAGAAAGCAGGAGGUACAAGGUGGAGAGAGGACCUCAGAAGGAGAGAGAACCAAGAGUAGGAAUGUGGAAGGGAAACAGCCCAGGGUGUAACCAGGGAGCAGCCAUGGAAGGAACCGGUGGAGAACUGGGGGGACAAGGGAACUGGGGUCUGGAAGAUGCCCCAGGCCUCUUGGCCAGGGCCUCCCUGCCCAUCAUGCCUGCGUGGCCAUUGCCUCUGGCCUCGUCUGCCCUUACCCUGCUCCUUGGAGCUCUCACUUCCCUCUUCCUCUGGUACUGCUACCGCCUGGGCUCCCAAGAUAUGCAGGCCCUAGGGGCUGGGGCUGUCAGUGGUAGGCCUGGAGGGUGCUCUGAGGCUGGCAGACCAAGCCCACAGAGCUCUGGGGAGUCUGUGGAAGGACCUAGGACAGAAGGCCUAGUGAGCCGUCGCCUUCGGGCCUACGCCAGGCGCUACUCUUGGGCAGGGAUGGGUAGGGUGAGGCGGGCAGCUCAGGGUAGCCCAGGCCCUGGGGGAGGGCCAGGGGUCCUGGGCAUUCAGCGCCCAGGCCUGCUUUUCCUGCCAGACCUGCCCUCAGCCCCCUUCGUGCCACGGGAUGCCCAGCGGCAUGAUGUGGAGCUCCUGGAGAGCAGCUUCCCUGCCAUUUUGAGGGACUUUGGGGCUGUGAGCUGGGACUUCUCAGGGACUACCCCUCUGCCUCGGGGCUGGUCCCCACCACUGGCCCCUGGGUGCUACCAGCUCCUGCUAUACCAAGCAGGCCGGUGCCAACCCAGCAACUGCCGCCGGUGCCCGGGGGCCUAUCGAGCACUGAGGGGGCUGCGAAGCUUUAUGAGUGCCAACACCUUCGGCAAUGCUGGCUUUUCCGUCCUCCUGCCCGGGGCCCGGCUCGAGGGCUGCUGUGGGCCCACCAAUGCCCGAGUCAGAUGCCACCUGGGCCUGAAGAUCCCCCCUGGCUGUGAGCUGGUGGUCGGGGGUGAGCCCCAGUGCUGGGCUGAGGGACAUUGUCUACUGGUGGACGACUCCUUCCUGCAUACAGUGGCUCAUAAUGGCUCUCCUGAAGAUGGGCCUCGAGUGGUCUUCAUCGUUGACCUUUGGCAUCCCAAUGUGGCUGGGGCCGAACGCCAGGCCCUCGACUUUGUCUUCGCACCAGACCCUUGAAGGAAGGUGUUCCCUUCAGACAUCUGGGCUGGAGAGAUGCUGCGCUCGGGGAUGGCCUGAAUGGUA